AUGGUAUUUGGGAAAAAGAGAAUACACGAAGUACCCUCAUCCGAUAGUGAUAGUGAUCAAAAUUCUGCAAGUGAUGAAGAAAUUCCUCAAAGUCUACCUCAACCAAAAGUGAAAAAUUCAUCAACUCAAAGUCAUUCAACUAAUGAAACAACCAAACCUCUUUUAGCCCAAGAAGUGAUAUACACCGGUGUGACCGGGAAAAAUCCGGGGGAACAAAAAAUUGGAAAUGCAAACACUGUAGAAAUUCAUUCAAAAGUACUUACACUAGGAUUCACUAUCAUUUCUUUGGUGCUCCACAAGGGAAAAGUUGUGGCAUUCAAAGAUGUGCAGUUGAAUGACAUAGAAACUUAUAAAAGAAUAAGAAAAAAGGUUCAAGAAGCAGAGGAAUCUGGUGUGACUCCAUCUUUGAAGUGUUCUACCCUCAAAAAGAAAGAAAAAGGGGUGUGUUCCAAGUCUCUUGAAGAAGCUUUCCAACUUUUGGAAAGAGAUGUUGUUGACAUGAAGGUGAUGAAAGGACUAUGUGCCAAUGGAAUUCCAUUUAAUGUUAUGAGAAAUCCACAAUUUGUGGAAAUGGUUAUGGCUAUUAACAAUGGUCCUAAAUGCUACAAACAUCCCUCUUCUGAAAAGGCAAGAACGGUUUUAUUAGACGAGUGUAAAAGACACGUUGACAAAGAUUUAGCUCCUAUCAAGGAUACAUGGUUUCAUCAAGGGGUCUCCAUUGUGUCAGAUGGCUGGAGUAAUGUAAAGCAUAUGCCACUAAUUAAUGUUCUUGCCGUGAAUAGUAGAGCUGCCAUGUUUUUAUAUGCCGACGACUUUUCUGGAGUUGAAAAAACUGGAGUUGCUAUUGCUGAAUAUUUGAUUAAAGCCAUUGAAGAAAUCAGACCAUCUAAUGUUCUACAAGUGGUGACCGAUAAUGUUGCAAAUUGUAAAGCUGCUGGGAAGGAAAUACAAAAGGUAUAUAAGCAUAUUUUUUGUUCUCCUUGUGUUGUGCAUACUUUAAAUUUGAUUUUUAAAGACUUUGUUGAAUCAUUUGAAUGGCUGAGAAAUACAUAUAAACAAGGAAAGACUAUAGUUAAGUACAUUAUUAAUCAUAGUCAAGUUCUAGCUAUGUAUAGAGCAAAUUCAAAGCUUGAAUUGUUGAAGGUAGCAAAGACUAGAUUUGCAUCACAUUACCUUUUACUUAAGCGACUACUUAUGUGUAGAGAAGCACUUGCAACUACUGUUGUGUUGAACAGUUGGAAAGAAUGGAUUAACCAAGGAGAUGAAAACACAAGAAAAAUAGGUGCUUUAGUUGCUGAAACUAUUGGGCCAAAAAUGGGAGAAUUUUAUGAGAAAAUGGAUUCUAUGCUUGGGGAAAUACAAGAGAUUAUUAAAACAAAUAAAUAUGCAAAUUGUUAUUCUGAAAUGGAAACAAUUAUUACUGCAAGAUGGACCAAAAUGAAUUAUACCAUCCAUUUUUUAGGUUUUGCAUUAACCCCUAGAUUUUAUGAUACUCAUUAUCUUUCUACACCUGCCCCUGGAGGUAUAGCUAGAAAAGCUCUAAACCAAGAUAAGGAAGUAGUGACUGCAGUUAUGCAAGCUUUUGAAAAAAUAUCAGAAAAUGUGGAGGAACAAAAACUUCUACGUGAUCAUUUUGCUACAUUUCACACACAAAAAUGA